AUGACAUUAAUUGGAAUUGUUAAGAUAUCUAAAGAUGUUCCUGUAUUUUUACCUGGAGAAUAUGUUCCAAUUAAAGUUACUAUUACUAAUUCAGGAGAAAAUGAAAUAAUAUCAUGGGCAUGUGUUCAAUUACUUCUUGAAAUUUUUCCUGGUAAAGGAGUUAAAAAAUCUGAAAGAUUUGAAAAACGUAGUAAACAUAUAGGUGAACCUCAAGUAUUAUUUUGUGAUAUUGAAGUAAAUAAAAAUGAAACACAAUCUUUUAAUGCUCAAUUAUUAAUUCCUAAUGAUAUUAAAAUAAUUCCUAGUUUCACAGGGACAUAUGUUGUAUAUGAAUAUAGUAUUAGUAUAGCAAUUCAACCACAUAAAAAUGAUCUUAAAAUUACAAAAUUAUCUUUUGAAUUAAUGAAUUAUCCUUUUGAAAUUCCACAAAAAAAAUCUGAAGAUUGCCAAUCUGAGCUUUUUAUAGAUAAUGAUUGUGAUCAUGGUGAAAAACAUUUUAGAGAAAUUGUUGCAGAUUUAGUUGAUGAUUUUUGUUUUAAACCUAGUGGAAAAUCUUUUAAAAUUGAUGAUCCUAAAGGUGUUAUUUGUCAUAUUGAUAUGCCAAAAAUGAAUUUUAAAUUUGGUGAAUUAAUUGUAGGUAAAUUAAAAUUUCCUCAAAAACAAGGAAGUUAUUGUAUUGAAUAUCUUGUUAGACUAGAAUGUGUGGAACGUAUAAAGAAAGGAUUUGGUAGUUUAGAUUCUAAGGAAUGUGUUGUACCAUUAAAAACAGAUUAUGGUGUUUGUUCUCAAUAUUCUUCUGUGGCUUUUCAAUUACCUUUAGAUACAGGAAAUAAUUUAUGUUUUCAUACAGAAUUUUUAUCUAUAUCAUAUAGAUUACACUUUGAAUUUGUUACAAGUGAUUUUCCUGCUACUGUAGAAAAAGCAUAUAAUACUUUAGGGGCUGCUAAUAGUUUAAAAGUUGAAUCAGUUGAAUGGAAUCUUCCUAUUAAUGUUAUUGGUCCACCAACCCAUAACGCUGCUUUAUUUGCACAUAAUGAUUUUUUUAAUAGAGAAGAUAAGAUUAUUCUUGUGGAUUAA